AAACAACGCUUAUCCGAGGAGGAGAGACGGUGCCACCAGAUAUUUCGUCUGACGGCAAGUGACAAGGACGUGUCCUACGAGUGGUACAAGAACCGCAUCGAGAACAGAGUCGAAGGCACCUGUCACUGGUUCCUCAACCACAGCAACUUCCGACACUGGCUCGAGCAGGCGUCGGGACCACUUUUGGUGUCGGCAGACCCUGGAUGCGGAAAGUCCGUCCUAGCCAAGUACCUGGUUGACCACGCACUCCCUCAGGCGGCACCCGACGCCUGCAUUUGCUAUUUCUUCUUCAAGGACCAGAAUCAGAACACAGUCCGCCAAACCCUCUGCGCUCUGCUGCACCAGCUCUUCUCUCACAACCCUUUGCUCAUCCGCUAUGCGAUGGGAAAGUAUGAGAAAGAUGGCCCCGGUCUGGUAAAUACCACACCCUCGCUGUGGGCCAUCCUGGAAAAUUCCUUACGGGACCCGGAGGCGGGUUCCAUGAUCUUCGUCUUGGAUGCGCUGGACGAAUGUCUCGACCACGAGUUCCGAUAUUUGGCAAGGAGGUUGAAAGAGCUUCAUCGAGAACUAUCACAGCAGUCCCGAGGCAGGAUGCGAUCGCUGUUAACCUGCUGUCCGUACGAAGGCAUCGUGGGCGAGUUCCGGGACCUGUGCGACGAGUUCCCCUACAUCCGCAUCCCGGGAGAAGACGAGUCACACGCCAUCAGCAGCGAAGUAAACCUUGUCAUCGCGCACCGAGUCGAAGAGCUCGCUCGGAAGCAGCAACUACCGCAGAACCUCAAGGACAUGCUGAGGAACCGGCUCCUCGAGGUCAAUCAUCGCACGUACCUUUGGGUAUACCUCGUGUUUGACCACUUGCGUGAAUCUGUCUUUAAGAAAACGGAGAAGGCAGUGAUGGCCAUCAUCGCAACGCUUCCCGAGAGUGUCAACCAAGCGUACGAGAAGAUUCUCAACAACAUUAUCUUGGCGGCGUCCCGACCCCUGGCACUGAUGGAAAUGAACGUCGCUGUUAACGUACUCAUUGACGACGACGGCUCGAUCCACAAGCUCGAAGACCUCGACCUAGAGGACGAAGACGACUUCGCAUCAUGCCUCAGGUCAUGGUGCGGCUUGUUCGUCUCAGUCUACCAUGGCAAAUUGUAUUUCCUGCACCAGACCGCCCGAGAGUUUCUCCUCGCCGAUCCAUCACAGUCUCUGAAUCCGAGGAGUCCCCUGGGAUCAGGGAUGCAGUGGCACAAGUCCAUCACAGCCCGCGACGCUCACGCUGUCCUUGCCAGGGUCUGUGUCGCGUACCUC